GGGCUUCCCGCCCCGGCGCCCUCCAUGGACUGAGAUGGCCUCGGAGCUGGCCAUGAGCGCGGAGCUGCCCACGAGCCCCCUGGCCAUCGAGUACGUGAACGACUUCGACCUGAUGAAGUUCGAGGUGAAGAAGGAGCCGGCGGAGGCGGAGCGGCUGUGCCACCGCCUGCCCGCCGGCUCCCUGUCGUCCACCCCGCUCAGCACGCCCUGCUCCUCCGUGCCUUCCUCGCCCAGCUUCUGCGCCCCAAGCCCCGGCGGGCAACCGGCCCCCGGCCCCCCGGCCGCCGCCGCCGCCGCUUCGCUGGGCUCCAAACAGCAGCUGGAGGAGCUGUACUGGAUGUCGGGUUACCAGCACCACCUGAACCCCGAAGCGCUCAACCUGACGCCGGAGGACGCGGUGGAGGCGCUGAUCGGCGCCCCGCACCACCACCACCAUCACCACCAGGGCUACGAGCCCUUCCGGCCUCAGCCCUUCGCGGGCGAGGAGAUGCCGCCGGCCGCCCACCACCACCCCGGCCACCACCACCACCACCACCACCACCUCCGCCUGGAGGAUCGCUUCUCCGACGACCAGCUGGUGAGUAUGUCGGUGCGGGAGCUCAACCGGCAGCUGCGGGGCUUCAGCAAGGAGGAGGUGAUCCGCCUCAAGCAGAAGAGGAGGACCUUGAAGAACCGCGGCUACGCUCAGUCCUGCCGCUACAAGCGGGUCCAGCAGCGGCACAUCCUGGAGAACGAGAAAUGCCAGCUGCAGAGCCAGGUGGAGCAGCUCAAGCAGGAGGUGACCCGCCUGGCCAAGGAGAGGGAUCUGUACAAAGAGAAAUACGAGAAGUUGGCCGGCCGGGGCUUCCCGAGGGAACCGUCCCCAUCCUCCGCCGCUCCCCCCAAAGCCGCCGCUGACUUCUUCAUGUGAGCCCGGUGGGAUGUUGGUGGGAUGGGGGGGGUGGGAUCGCUCCCCCUCCCCCCCCCUUUUUUUUUUUUUUUACGUUGUUGUUGUUGGUUUGUCGUCGCUGUUGUUCCUCGUGCGGGGAGAAGAGCAAAAAAAAAAAAAAAAAACCCGCCGCUUGUCUUUAAAAAAAAAAUUAUUAUUAAGAAUAAUGAUAAUGAU